UCAUAAUACAACGCCGUUAGUAUUGAACGCUAGCAACAGGAAGACGUUGUAUCAAAACCAGUUAACGCUUUCACUUUAAAAACAUAAGUAUCAACUGCAUGCGUACAGAAAAAAAAAUCAGAUUUUCACAAAGCGUGAAAAUAAAACUUAAAUCCCGCUGAUACUAUAAAAUUAGAAAGUCUUCGGAGUCAUAACAUGAAGCAUAUCUAGGAACCUCAACCAUUUGCUAGUCCAAGUUUUGCGUUGGAAAGAUGGCGUUUAGACGCGAUGAGCAAAUUGGCGUUACUAGCAAACAUCUAAUGGGGCUUUUGGAGCCGGAUUCAUUCUGGGAGCUUGUGGAGAAUCUGCUGCUGCACUCCUGUCGGGACAACGUACGCCGGCAACGGCACAACGCUGCCAUAUCGACGCUCUGCAGAGGACACGCGCUCGUAUGCGUCACGAAAGAAGCCAAGAGCCCGACACCUCCCGCUAAAAAGAUUAAUGGCAGAAAAAGUGAAGAACAUCUCAGCAAAGGCAGACACUUCCAGUCGGUGGUGAGCAGACGAGCGUCCGAACAUUUCUGGAGAUCAGGAAGGACCAAGAAAUCUAAGCACCGAACCAAAGCGGAAGCGGAAGUUAAUAACCCUAUGGAAGACGAGACCGCUAAAACUGCAAAAGCGGACAAAACUCCAAACGACAAACACACCGAAAAUGGACAGUCAGCGAAGUUAUAUUCCCGCGCGACGCGUAGCGAAUGCAGCGUUAAUGACCAGGAUGUAAUUUUCCUCAAUAACGCUAGCGUUCCACCGUCUGAACGCUUAUGGCGAUUUGCCAUUAAAAAUCGUAAGAAACAACAGGACCUCAAAGACGAACAAGCGCAAUCCACGAGCCAAACACAUAUCCCAAGCGUCCGAAGCAAUGAAGCAAUAUUCGAGGGCCUGAAGCACAGACUAAAAGACGCGAGAAACGAGCUUAUUCAGGACAAGGGUCCCUCGAAGGCACGGAAAAAGAAAAAGAAGUCUUCGGAAAGGCAGAUGAAAGCCCAUAAAUACAAGAGUGAAUAUCGCUCAGUAAAAUCAAAGGAAACCAAAGGAUAA